AUGAUUUUUUCCUUUUACAAAGUUAUUGUUUGUGUUGUAUUGUUAUCAGUUGAUCUUAACGAUGCCUUCCAAUCAGCAUCUGUGUUUUCAAAAGGGGAUGAUAUUAGACCAUCAGUUAUUGUUUUCGAUCCAGACAAAACAGUUUGGCCUUUUCAAGUAGCUGACUUGAAAACUCCUCUUCAUGUGAAAAAUAAAAAUGUGAUUGUAGACCAAGCCUUCAAUCACCUGAAGAUCUAUCGCCAAAUACCCUCGGUGUUCACUGAACUCCGGAGUCGAGGGUUCAAGUUGGCUCUGAUUUCUCAAAGUACAGACAACAACACCGUUUGUCAACUCAUAGAUCACUUUAACCUCAGGAGGUUUCUAACUCAUAUAGAAAUUUACCCUGGAAACAAGACUGAUCAUUUUGAGGUUAUACACUUAAAAGAGGACUUGUGGUAUGGAGAGAUGCUGUAUUUAGUGUCUAAGUUUGAAGAUGUGGAACCAAUAGCAGAUCUUGGAGUCGCCUGUAUCCUAGUAAACGAAGGAGGAAUCACCAUGAGAGAUGUCAGGAAAGGUUUUCACAUCUUCAGCACAGAAUCUCCUGAAUACUCGUACUCUGAAGACACCCACGAGAGUAGUUAUUUAUUCAAGGAAUAAUAUUUGAAUAAACAAAACUCAUAGUAUU